AUGAGUCUGACAGUCUCCGACACCACAUGUCUGCUGUGCGUGGAGAACAGGAAGUGGACGAGCGGGGGCUUUUUCUGCACCGCACAGCAUUUGGAGAGCGAUCUGACGCUCGCGGACACGCUCGUGUUGGCUCGUGUUUCCUCAAUUCUACUGAAGGAGGAAGCGCCUUUGAGAAGGCCGGAGGAGAAGGAAGUCACCAUGAAGGCCGACAGCAGCAGACAUCAGGUGACAGAGAGGAAGAGCCGGCUCAGUCUCACCAGGUUUGGCUCCCAUGAAAAUGUCAGCCAGCAUAAAAAGACUCCAUCCAGCACCAUUUCAGCAGAGACGGCUCUGCAAUGGAGCGAGUCCUUCGAAGAACUGAUGAAGAACUCAGACGGGGUGGAGACCUUCUCUGGCUUCCUGCGCACGGAGUUCAGUGAGGAGAACAUGGACUUCUGGCUGGCGUGUGAAGAAUACAAGACCUUGCACUCGGACAACAAGCUGCCGGCCAAAGCCAAACACAUUUAUGCCCUUUUUAUUGAGUCGGACGCCCCGAAAGAGGUCAACAUUGACUACAAGACCAAGGUGGCCAUCCAGGAGGAGCUGGCAGAGCCCACCAGGACUUGUUUCCAAGCGGCCCAGCUGAAAGUCUACAGCCUGAUGAAGAAGGACUCCUACCCCAGAUUCCUGCACUCGGACAUGUAUUUAGGUCUGUCCAGGAAGAAGGGUCCGGGGGCGGGCAUGUUCCGCAGAAGGUCACGCUCCUGCGUCUUCAGCGAGCGAGGCGCCACCGCCGCCACCCAGCCUUCGCCCUGGUAGCCACCACGUCUCCCACGGAGCUGGUAAAAGCCAUGAUUACUUUGGCGGUAAUCAGUGGAAUUUGUGUUUCAGACGGCGACGUGUCCGCGGAAUGAAUCACUUUUAUUUUACGAGCAAACAAUAUUCAGCCUGGCGAGGAGCCAUCGAUCCAGCCUGAGAUAUUUAGCAAAUAUGUCAGAUUCUUUUGUCUGCUGGCGUUUGUAAGUCCUCACUAGGUGGUGAACCACCUCACAACUCAUUAGUCUCCAUUUGUUCAGUCGGACUGAUGGGAUUUAGGGCUGUGUAAGUAAACAUUGAUUGAUUGAUUGAUUGAUUGGUUGAUUGAUUGAUGUGCAGAGUCCACAACCAACAGUUAAACAUUUAACAAAGGAAUAUUUUACAUCGUUUUUAUUUGAAAAAGAAUGCCAAAACCCCGAUAUUAUAAUUAUUUUAAAACACAAAUUUGUGUUAUAAGUGACUAAGUAUGUUAUUAUUCAUUAUUGUUAUUAAAAUGUCACCUUUUUCCCGUUACAUUGCAAUUUCUUACUCUUUUUUGUUAGUCUUUUUUCCCAUGUAAGAAUAGAAUAAAUAUAUUGAUAAUAUAUUAACUGCAUAAGUUGGUGUUUAAAAAUAUGCCUGUACAGAAAUACAAAUGUUCAGUUACACCUUUCAUGUUUAUUAUAGUUGUCAAAUUAAUUCAUAAGUUAGU